AGAGAGAGAAAGUGCAGUCAUUGUUGAAUCGAAUCAAAACCCGGAUUCAAUUUGGAUCGCUUGUCUGGCAACACACACGAGAGAGAGAUACCUUUUUUCUCGAAGAAACUUUUACACGGGUCAAAUUCCGAGCCAGAACUCCCGAAACCAUGCCGUCUCGCAGAAGAGCUCUCCUCAAGGUCAUCAUCCUCGGCGAUAGCGGGGUCGGCAAGACCUCAUUGAUGAACCAAUAUGUAAACAAGAAGUUUAGCAACCAGUACAAGGCUACGAUUGGGGCAGAUUUCUUGACAAAGGAAGUGCAGUUUGAGGAUCGGCUUUUCACUUUGCAGAUAUGGGAUACUGCUGGCCAAGAAAGAUUUCAAAGUCUUGGAGUUGCUUUCUAUCGUGGUGCUGAUUGCUGUGUGCUUGUCUAUGACGUCAAUGUCAUGAAAUCAUUUGAUAAUCUUAAUAACUGGAGGGAAGAGUUUUUGAUUCAGGCUAGCCCUUCAGAUCCUGAAAAUUUCCCAUUUGUGGUAAUCGGGAACAAGACUGAUGUGGAUGGUGGAAAUAGUAGAGUGGUAUCUGAGAAAAAGGCCCGGGCUUGGUGUGCCUCAAAAGGGAAUAUUCCUUACUUUGAGACUUCUGCCAAGGAAGGCACCAAUGUUGAAGAAGCUUUUCAAGUUAUUGCAAAGAAUGCCUUGAAGACUGGAGAAGAGGAAGAAAUAUACCUGCCGGACACAAUUGAUGUUGGUAACAGCGCCCAACAAAGGUCAACUGGAUGCGAAUGUUGAUUGAGUACUACUAUAAUUUAGAAGUUCCCGGGAUGCACCAAGAACUCUUCAUUCUUAUGUUUUUUGUGUUGCACUAAGUUCAUGCGUGUAUACUAGUGUUUGUAUUGUGGAGCAAUUUCAUUUUGUUAUUUGCUGAGCUUGGACUUGGGUUUCUUUCAAUGUGUACUGCUCUGAUUUGGCAGAGUUGGAUAGAACUUUCAGUGAAUUGAAUUGAUUGCAGUUUCUGUGUAAAA